AUGGCGUCUUUCGUCUUGUCAGUGAACGGGGUUUCAUUCACUGAAGCAACGGAGAAACUCGAACCCGAGAACCCAUACCAAGGACCCCUCUCAUACAUUUCGCCAUGGAACUAUACUUUUUUGGCGUGUUUAAUGUUCGUUGUGACCUCGCUGUCUCUCUCUGAGAACUUCACCGUUAUGCUUGUUACUUUUAAAUACAAACAGCUUAGGAAACCCUUAAAUUAUAUCAUCGUAAACUUAUCAGUAGCGGAUUUCUUUGUGUCACUCAUCGGAGGGAGCAUAAGUUUUCUUAACAACGCAUAUGGCUACUUCAUUCUGGGCAACUGGGCUUGUGUCACAGAAGGAUUCGCCGUCACAUACCUGGGCAUAGUGGCUCUGUGGUCUUUGGCCAUCCUGGCCUUUGAGCGCUUUUUUGUCAUCUGCCGACCCCUAAAGAACGUGCGCCUCGGGGUCAAGCACGCCGGUCUGGGUCUCCUCUUCGUCUGGACCUUCUCGUUCAUCUGGACCAUCCCGCCGGUGCUGGGCUGGAACAGCUACACGGUCAGCAAGAUCGGGACCACCUGUGAACCCAACUGGUACUCCACGGACUACACAGACCACACGUACAUCAUCACCUUCUUCACCACCUGCUUCAUCCUGCCCCUGGGAGUAAUCAUCGGCUCUUAUGGCAAACUCAUGCAGAAGCUCCGCAAGGUGUCCAACACCCAUGGGAGGCUGGGCCACGCCAGGAAGCCUGACCGGGAGGUGGCACGCAUGGUCAUCGUCAUGAUCGCGGCGUUCAUGAUCGGCUGGGCACCUUACGCCUGCUUCUCCAUCACGGUCACGGCCUGCCCCACCAUCUACAUCGACCCCAGGCUGGCCGCGGCGCCCGCUUUCUUCGCCAAGACCGCCGCCGUCUACAACCCCAUCAUCUACGUAUUCAUGAACAAGCAGUUUAGGAAGUGCCUCAUUCACAUGUUCAAGGGUGGCACGGCCAGCCUGGACUCCACCCACAUCAACCAGACGUCGGACCGCGGCACCACGGCCGAGAGCCACAUGGGCGAGAUGUCCACCAUCGCCGCCCGCGUCCCGCUCUCGUCCGUCUGCAACAUGGAGCGCACGCAGGAGGAGGACGAGGAGGUCGACGACGACGACGAGGAGGCCGUGGCGUGCCGGGGGGGCGAGGAGGAGAAGCACGGCGAGAACAACGGCGGAACCAACAACACGCUCCCCGUCAGCGUCAACGAGAACAAAGUGUGCCCUCUCUGA